AUGGAGGCUGCGAAAGACACAGCAAUGGCCCCUACAGGGUCGUCAAAUGAGGCUGGAGACUACAAGCUCAGGUUCUGCACUGUCUGCGCCAGCAAUCAAAACAGAUCCAUGGAGGCUCAUCUCCGACUCUCGCAAGCCAAUUAUCCCGUGAUCUCAUUUGGUACCGGCUCUCUCGUCCGGUUACCGGGCCCGACCAUUACCCAGCCGAAUGUGUAUCAGUUUAACAAGACGUCGUACGAUAGCAUGUACAAGGAGCUGGAGGCCAAGGACCCCAGGCUGUACCGCAACAACGGUAUAUUGAACAUGCUUGGAAGAAAUAGAGGCGUCAAAUGGGGUCCCGAACGUUGGCAAGAUUGGCCCGUUGGCGUGCCUCGACUGCAGCACAGCAGUGACAAAGGCAGCGAGGGCACCGAAGGCGGGAUAGUCGACGUAGUUUUCACCUGUGAGGAGCGAUGCUGGGAUGCUGUCAUUGACGAUCUCCUCAAUCGCGGCUCUCCGUUGAACAGGCCUGUGCACGUGAUCAACGUGGAUAUCAAGGACAACCACGAGGAAGCACACAUUGGCGGGCAGGGCAUCCUCGACCUCGCCAACUCUCUGAAUGCUGCUGCCGCCGAAGAGCGGGGCACAGUUGGGUCAGCCGCCUUUGACAGUGGAAGUGCAGCUGCUCGAGCCAGCUUUGACGAGCGAGUGCCGGAGAUUAUUGCGGCCUGGCAAGAACGCUGGCCAAAUUUGCCUUCAACCUGGACUCUGGCAUGGUUCUAG